CUACCCGAAAGUCACUUCAAACCCAUUUUGUGUAAGAAAAAUAAGAAAAACUGAGCCUAGACAUUCGUAUCAACUCUAAAUCAACAAUUAAGUAAAUAAUAAAGUUGUUAUCAGAAUGGUCGGAAAGAAUAAGUCAUUCUGGGCCGUGAUGUCAGACCCAACGUCGAUGGAAGGCGGGGCUGCUAGCAGUGGCAGGCAAGGAGGAGAGCAAUCCUAUCUGCCUGUCCCCCACGGUAACAACUCUGGCAUGACGGGAGCAGGUCAUUCCAGUUUCAAUGACACUGCCACAACAUCGCAAAGCAUGAUAGACCUCACAGGUCCCGUCGCCGAGGAAACAAAUGUGGAGGCGGGGAAGAAGCCGAAGCGUUCCAGCGAGGGGAUGAAGGCAAAGGCCAAAUACAAGGCGGCCCUCAAGAUCAGGAUCCGGCUCCAGGACAAGCUUUCCCACACUCCAGAGGAAAAGGAACAGCUGGCCUGGGCCAUGGAGAGAAUCGAAGAGGGCAGGCAACAUUUCGCCAAGAUUGCAAACAUGGCCUCCACGGGCGGAUUUGCGAACAAGGUGGAGGAGAUGUUUCUCAACAGAACUCAAUCCUCCACCAAGCAGUCGAACAUGAACUCUACGAACGGAUCUGGGAACAAGAAGAAGGCGAUGCCUGCCAACCAAAGGCAAAGCUCCGCCAAGCUUUCCAACACUAACUCCACGUCCAAGAGGGUUGAGCAGAUGCAUGCCAACAGAAGGCAAUGCUCCGCCAAGCUUUCCAACACGAACUCCACGUCCGCAUUUGCAAAUAAAGCUGAGCAGAUGCAUGCCCACAAAAGACGACGCUCCAUAGAGACUGCCGCCAGAGACGCUCCGGUGGGGAAGCGUCACCGCGGGCCAAUGGAGGCAGGCCCUUCUCAUAACGUGAGGAUGCCUAAGAGACAGUCGGAAACUAAGGUCAAGGAGGGGUCCAAACGACACCUGAUCGUGGCGCUCAUUGACUGGAGUGACGGAAGUGGUCAGAUGACAGAGGCGCAGUGGAAGAUAGUUCACGCGAAGCUCGUGGAAUCGCUGUUUGCGCGGAUGACGGAAGACCCCUCAGCUCCCAUGCCCACGUUUGAUGGUGCCGGGUGGCUGAAUGGGGUCAAAAUCCUCAAGUGUAAGGACGAUCCAACUCGGAAUUGGCUGACGCAAACGGUUGGCCAUUUGAAAGGGUUGUGGAAAGGGGCCAGGCUGGAGGUGGUGGACAGGGAAUUUAUCCCAUCCGUACCGAAGGCGAAGGUACUCUUUCCCAUCGCUGUCCAAAAAGAGCAGGCCCUACAGCUGCUACAGCGACAGAACCCGGACGUCCCAACGGCAGACUGGAAGAUUUUGCACCUCGGAAGCCGACAAGAAGAGGGGGGCCAAUCUGCGAUUCUGCAGAUAAACAGGAAAGCGGAGGACAUCCUAUAUCCUAGGUACGGGAAGAUGGCGUGGGGCAUGGGUAGUGUAUACCUUCGCCUCAAGAAGCGCCACCCCGGAGACCAGGACGCCCACACCCUACAGGCAGGCGAGGUGGAAAAGGACCUAGGUCUGGUCACCACACUGACGAACGAACCUGAGGAGGACGGUGACCUGACAAAUGUAGUCAACACGUCGGCUGAAGAUGAUUACAGUGCUGCAGCUUAUCCUCCGUAAAAGCAUAUUGCAUCGGCGGAACUCCUCAAUGCCAUGGAGCAGGGAUCCGUCGUUACAGACUUUAUCCACAAACAACAAACUUCUCCACCCACCAUUGCUCAAACGGUCUGAAUAAACGCUGGAAAGCAAGAGCAGCGCCACCUGGUAGCUUCCUGCUAUAUAGCUCACCACAGACCAACUCCACCUGAAGAACUAAGGAGUCUGGUAGAAACCAGUCCCAAAUACUGCAACUGGUCGGGCUUACCCCGAAUAUUUUCAAUACCCGAAUUUUUAAAUGUCUGUCGAUAAAGAUAGAUUAUGUUAUAUUAGAUAUAAUCUAUAUAUCAUUAUAAAUAUAAAAAGGGUUUUGGAAAAAUGCUAAAUAUGAUCAUAGGAACACUUUCCUUAUACGAGAGUCUUUACUGAUUUGAAAUUAUAAAGAUUUUUUGACACCACUGGAGUUCUGCAAAUCUUUCAAACAUUCGAAUAAAAUUGAAACAAUCUAAAGAAUUAUAUAUUUAUUUUCGGAGGAUGCUUUAUUAGAAAAAUAUUGCUCUUUUGCCAUGCAUAACAUUUUCUUUCAUAUAGUAACCAUUAUCAGAUAACAUUCAACGAGUUGCCAAGCGCUUUCACUAGACAAAGUUGCAACUUUUAAAAUAUAUAUACUUUUAUAUGCAUAAUUAAUAAUU